AGAAUUUACGUGGUAGUCCUCGCAUGUGCAUGGGUGAAUCGUGUUGGAAUGAGUAACAAACGUUUCACAAUGAAUCCCUUCGGGGACUUGAAACUCACGACCGAAGACCGAGGCAAGCUUGUGGAUAUCGUGAAUACUCUCGUGCAAACCAGGUUCGAGCAGUACGAAGAGUAUCUGAACAGUAACAAGGACGUUGAUACGACUCGCUGGAAAAAGUUCAAAUCUUCGGGGCUCGUGACGACUUAUCUCGAGCGCAAGAAAUCGAGCUCGGAUGCGAAUUUACCGGAGAUGCUUAUGACCGGUCCUCUGAACGGUACCUUGGAUGAGAACAUGUUUGGUAUGGUCAACCCGACUCUUGAGUCGAUGCGAAUCAAGGCGUCGUAUCUCAAUGACUUCAGUGCUGCCGCCGUAUUGGCUAGCAUUGUCGAGCCAACGGAGGACGAGCCAUUCAACGCGAUAGUGGUCAAGUGGAUGGAGAUUGACAUACCCGGCGCGUCGAUUGGCAUCGUGCGCAAUCGCGACUACGUCUACGUGGAGAGCACGGGCAUCAUGCAUUUGAAGAAUGGGGACCGCGUCGGCUAUCACAUACUCCACUCUGUCAACUUUCCAGAAACACACGAGUUGCCGCACAAAAUUCGUGGCAAUAUGUCGCUGAGUGCGAUUUUUCACCAAGAAGGUCCUGACCGAACAGACUGUCGCGGUGCGGGUAUAAUGGACCCAAAGGGUGAUAUGAUCGGCAUGAUGGCGGUGACGGGGAUGGUUCAAGCAUGCAUGGCAGGCCUGAAAUACUCCUAUUGUGGCCAGAUGAAGAAGCUCGCGUGGAUGUUAGAGCAGAGGCAAAGUGAGCUAAGGGAGCGGGGUGCUCCAGUUCUGCAACCUGUGUGUGAGACGUGCUCGAAGCCGAUCAAGAGCUCGAAGCUUAGAGAGCUGGGUAAGUCGAGCACCACCUGCAAGCUGUGUUUUGGGGCACUGUGUGGUUCGUGUAAGGUUUCCAAGAAAUUGAGCUUUAUUUCCCCGGAUCUGGAGCUCAUCCGGCGGAAGGUGGCGUUUUGUGUCAAGUGUUUGCUUCAAGCAACUCGCCUGGACACUCUGAAAGCCGCUCGCCAACAGUUUGUUUACAAGGAACCUGUUUUCCCGAUUGCGUAUGGAUCUUUCGAGAUGAGCUUAAGCUCCGACACCUCUUCUUAA